AAAAUAAAAUUAAAAAAACACUUUCAUCUGAGGUGUGCUGUAAAGAUUAGGGUUUCAAUUUGGAACUCCGACCGAAUUCUAAGCGGCAUGGGAGGAAGGAAGGAGAAGUCGAAAGCCAAGGCAAGAGACGAUGAAUCAAUCGACAAUCUCGACCGCGAUUCCACUCCAUCACUCGUAUUCAGCGGCAGCGACGACGACGAUGAAGAAGCCAAUCAAGAUCUGAGCCUGAAGAUCGUUGAAAAAGCUCUACGAACGCGAGAAUCGAAACUCACCUCAAACGACGCCGUUUUGCCUCCGCAGCAAUCUGACCUUCUGAUGCCGCAAAUGGAUGAUGCUUCUAUUGAGCCAAAUCAAAGUGUUUUAAUUGCUGCACAACAAGAGGUGGAAGAGAUAAUCAAAACUACAGAGAAGCAUGAAUCUGUGGAACUGGAAGCGAGUGUGGAUCAGAUAGGUGACAACAUGGUUCUGCGAAAGCUGCUUCGUGGUCCAAGAUAUUUUGACCCUCCAGAUAGUAGUUGGGGAUCAUGCUAUAAUUGUGGUGAGGAAGGUCAUGCUGCUGUAAACUGUACAGCAGCGAAGCGGAAGAAACCAUGCUAUGUAUGUGGCGAGUUGGGACAUGCUGCAAAACAAUGUUCUAAGGGCCAGAGUUGCUACAUAUGCAAGAAAGGUGGUCACCGUGCAAAAGACUGUCCAGAGAAGCACAUGACUGCACGGGCUUCUAAAAGUCUGACGGUAUGCUUGAAGUGUGGAAAUUCUGGGCAUGAUAUGUUUUCAUGCAGGAAUGAUUAUUCACCGGAUGAUCUCAAGGAGAUUCAAUGUUAUAUCUGUAAGCUAUUUGGCCACUUAUGUUGUGUCAAUGCUGCUGAUGUAAUACCGGGAGAAAUUUCUUGUUACAAAUGUGGUCAGAUGGGUCAUACUGGUUCGGCAUGUUCAAGGUUGCAAGGUGAGACUACUGGUACUGCCACACCUACCUUGUGCUAUAGGUGUGGUGAAGGGGGGCAUUUUGCUCGAGAAUGCACAAGUUCUAUCCGUGUACAAUUGAUGCAGGCAUGUUCGAAGUUUCAAAGUGAGACUACUGGUGCGGCCACACCUACUUUGUGCUAUAGGUGUGGUGAAGGGGGACAUUUUGCCCGAGAAUGCACAUAUUCUAUCAAGGCUGGGAAGAAGAAUAGUGAAUUCUCGAACACAAAAAAUAGAAAAUCCUUGAAAGAAAAUGAGUACACGGGACAUUGGUCUGCACCUCUCGAUAUGGGUAAGACGCACAAAAAGAAACGGCCUCAUACAGACGAAAGAGGCUUUACAACACCUAAGAAAUCAAAGAGGAGAGGUGGCUGGAUGACGGAGUUUCCUACAGAAGAAAGAAGCUAUACAACACCUAAGAAAUCAAAAAGUAGAGGUGGCUGGACAAUGGAGCUCCCUACAGAAGAAAGAGGCUUUACAGCCCCAAAGAAAUCAAAGAGUAGAGGUGGCUGGACAGGGGAGCAUUCUGCUGAAGAAAGAGGCUUUACAACCCCCAAGAAAUCAAAGAGCAAAGGUGGCUGGACAACGGAGCAUCCUGCAGAAGAUAGAGACUUUAAAUCUCCCAUGAAAUUCAAGAGCAGAGGUGGCUGGAUGGCUGAUCACCCUGGAGAAUUCUCUUCUUCCAAGUCCAAUAGGACCAGUUGGAGUCCCGCGGGGACACCAUCUGCUAGAAACACUAAUAUGUAUGCGAGUGGUAGUGGAAGUCGAACUCCAGGUUGGAGUUCUAAAACUUCUAAGGGGUGGAUGGGUCAACAACCUGAAGCCUCAUAUUCCCAAGGGUCAGCCGAUGCUUUCCAUCAUAGAUAUUCGUCAUCAAGGUUUGGCAACUCCAAUGAUGAUGGAUACAGGAGAGGUAAUUCAGCAUCAAGGUUUGGCAACUCUAGUGGUGAAGGAUAUAGGAGAAGUAAUUGGUGGUAGCUUUUGCCCUCGUGUUCUUUAUAAUUCCAUCUGUAAACUUGUAAAAUGACACCUACUUGCAAGUUUUUUUUAAUUAAUAACGUUCAAUUUUCUCAAGUUAUUUAUUCAAUACAAUUGUCACAAGUCUUUCAGUUUGGUCCA